AUGCAUACUCGCAUUAAAAUAAUAAAAUUUAAUACAAAUGGAAUUAAUUUUGAUAUUUCAUUCAUAAUAAUUGAUGAAAUUCAGUCAGAAACGUUAAAAAAUACUUUUCCAUUAAAUCGAUUAAACAAUCACGAAUUUGAGGAAAUAAUAGAACAUAAGAGACAAAAAUCAAAAAAAUUGUACAAACCCGAAGAUUUAUCUGGAAUUGAAAGCGAAAUAUAUUCUCUUGCUUCGUUUAAUUCAAAUAAUAUUAUGUUGAAAUUUAUAGAAAUGACUGGCAAUGUGAAUAAAUUUCAAUUAUUUGCGAGGACGAUUAAGAAAUGGGCUAAAAAUCAUUUCAUCUAUGACGGUCAAUUUGGAUUUUUAAAUGGAGCAACAUUGAAUAUACUUGUAAUUAAAGUUUUAUUGCUAUAUUUCGAUUCAUCUUUGCUUUAUUUGUUGCAAAAAUUUUUCCAAACAUAUAUGGAAUGGGAUUGGCAAAAUAUUGUGAGUUUAGACGAAUUAUCAAAUAAACCGCUUAGCUGGAGUUCUGAUGAAGAACUUUAUAAAAGAAAAGGAUUAUAUCUCGGUAAAAAGUUUGGGGUAUCAGAGAAUGAAAUGAAAAGAUUAGAAAAUCAUGCAAAUAUAAUAAUGGUUGUGUUAACACCUGGUUAUCCAAAACAAAAUUGUUCUUUUAAUGUUAAUUAUUCAACUAAACAAAUAAUUCAAAAAGAGUUGGAAAUUGGUAAAAUUUCUCGUGAUGAAUAA